AUGAUAUAAUUUAUAAUCCCAUUGACUUUCUUAAUUUAUACAACUGCAAUUGUUGUUAAUCAAAAGAACUAAUGUCUUUGUACUGAUUAUAAAAAUCAAUAUGAAUGUGCUUUAAAUUAAUAAUGUAUUUGGAACACUACUAAUUGUAUCAAAAAAAGUUGCGGUGAUUUUUAUUAUCCAUUAUAAUGUAAGAAUAAGAAAGAAUGCUUUUAUUAUGCUUAGAAUUCAAGCUGUUUAGAUUUAACAAAUUGUAGUUCAUUAAAUUCAACAUCCACAUCAUAGUGUGAAUCAUAAUCAUCUUAUUGUGGAAUGUAUAAUUCAACAGCAAAGGAAUGCUAUAGUUUAACUACUAAUCCUUGUUCUUAAUACACAACAUAAUCAGAAUGCUUAUAUUCUGGUUAAGGUUAAUUAUGCUUAUGGGAAAAUACAUAAUGUUAAGAUUUUAAUUGCACACUAUUAGAUUCAUAAACUUAAUGCUAAACUUAUAAUUUAUAUUGUACUUGGAUAUUGAAUAAUUAAACAUGUGUUUCAGCUACUUGUGAUAAUAAACCUACUUCUGAAUGUACCUUAUUUUUAUCUAGAAAUAACAAUUCUACAUAUAUUUAACCAUGUUACGUUGAUUAUUCAGAAAAGCCAGCUAAAUGUAGGGAUGCUUCUUUAUCUGAUUUAUCACCAUUCACAUGUAGUUUAAAUACAUUGAAUUUUGCAACAUGGAAUAACGUUGAAUUGGAUAGCGGAAGUUGUGAACUUUGCUAUGCCCCUCUAAUUUAAAUCAUCAGUCUAGCAAUAUUAAUUAUGAUUUAAUGA